AUGGCUCCUUCCGCUGCCGAGCCUUCCGAUGUGGACAGCCCACGUAACCCGCCUACAGCCGAGGAAUUGUCGGAAGCGCUCAAGAUUGAUGUAUACGACCGAGAGGGCAAGACCAAGUCAUUAGGCGAGCUCACCAAAGGCCAGAGAACCGUGCUGGUGUUUAUUCGGCAUUUCUGGUGUCUGAAUUGCCAAGCAUACGUCCGCUGCAUCAGCGAAUCUAUACCUCCAUCUAAGCUCCCUCCUAACACUCAAAUUCUAGUCAUAGGCUGUGGCUCCUAUCAGCCCAUCGACACAUAUGCUACAAAUUCUUCCUCCAAAUACCCUAUCUAUACUGACCCGACACUCCGGCUACACAAGCUCUUCCAGUUCAAAUCAAACCUAGCUGAAGGGAAAGCCGGCGAUGAACAGCGAGAUUACAUGCGUGAUGCGGGUAGCACCAUGUCAAGGAUCUUCGGUGGCAUCAAGGGUGCGUUGGGGAACUUGCAGCAUGUGAACUCUGUGGGACCGAAAGCGUUGAAUGGCGGUGAGGUGGUUUUGUCUGCCGAUGGCGAGUGCGAGUACAUGUACCGCAUGCAGAACACAGUCGAUCAUACCAACAUCUCGGAGUUGGCAAAGAUGAUUGGAGCUGAGUAUACACCGGUGAGUAGCGAAGAGAAGCAAUAG